AUGCUUUCAAUAGAAAAAGAAAAUUCAAGAGUUGCUACAACUAAACCAUUAGAUGAACUUUUUACUAAUGUCGGUCAAAAGUUUGAGACAGAGACCGUAAAGCAUGAAGGCUAUCGUUUUGACUACCCAUUAAGAUGGUUAAGAGACCCAUCUGUCACAAAAGCUAUUGGCUUUCGUAGAAUGAAGUUUGUGUCUGUAGAAGAUAAAAGUUUUCCAUUUAUUGUAAGGUUUCAUAUAGAUUAUAUAUCUGAAGGGAAACGAAAAAUGUGGGAAGAAAUUGAGCUAAUACAAGUUGACCUUUCAUCUUCUCUACAGACUGCGUUAAAAAAUAUAGAAGAUAAAAUAAAUUCAUGUUAUGCAAAAUAUGCUGAUGAAUAUGCAAAUACCGAGAGCACACUUUAUGUGAGAAUUGUAUAUGACAAACAAAAUUCACAAGUGUCAUUUCAAAUCUACGAAGACAAUCCAAAGAAAGACGAACAAAUAUAUACAGAAUUCACUGCAAUGUCAUGGUAUUAUUUGCAAAGAAUGUUAA